UUUCUGAAAUCUGUGUCUUACAGGUUAAAAACUGUAAUAGAAGAACUGAUUCAGACACAGCAAAACCUUUUGAGCAAAGAGGAACUUGUUUUGGAACUGGAGAAAAAAAUAGAAGAGUCCUCUAAGACUUGUGAAAAGAAGUCUGAUAUUGUACUCUUACUGAGCCAAAAGCAAGCGCUGGAAGAACUUAAGCAAACAGUUCAGCAAUUAAGAUGCUCUGAGGCAAAAUUUGCAGCCCAGAAAGAACUACUGGAACAAAAAGUUCAAGAGAAUGAUGGGAAAGAGCCACCACCUGUAGUGAAUUAUGAAGAAGAUGCCAGAUCAGUGACUUCUAUGGACAAGAAAGACAAAGUCUCAAGAUUUGAUACUAUACGUCAUUCCAUAGCUGGAAUUAUAAGGUCUCCAAAAUCCAUGCUGGGCUCAUCCUCGUUCUUUGAUGUAAUUUCAACCACUGAGAAACCGCUGGCAGAGCAAGACUGGUAUCAUGGUGCAAUUCCAAGAAUAGAAGCCCAGGAGCUGUUAAAACAGCAAGGAGACUUCUUGGUGCGAGAGAGCCACGGGAAACCUGGUGAAUAUGUCCUUUCUGUGUUUUCAGAUGGACAACGGAGACACUUUAUCAUACAAUAUGCUGAUAAUCAGUAUCGUUUUGAAGGAACUGGAUUUCCAACUAUUCCUCAGCUCAUAGAACAUCAUUACACAACAAAGCAAGUUAUUACAAAGAAAUCAGGUGUUGUUCUGCUGAAUCCUGUUGUUAAGGAUAAGAAAUGGGUUCUCAAUCAUGAAGAUGUCACAUUGGGAGAAUUACUCGGUAAAGGUAAUUUUGGUGAGGUGUAUAAGGGAACAUUAAAAGAUAAAACUCCUGUUGCUGUAAAAACUUGUAAAGAAGAUCUUCCUCAGGAACUGAAAAUAAAAUUCCUGUCAGAAGCCAGAAUACUCAAACAGUAUGAUCAUCCUAAUAUUGUAAAACUUAUAGGAGUUUGCACACAACGACAGCCUAUUUAUAUUGUUAUGGAACUUGUUCCAGGAGGUGAUUUCCUGUCCUUUUUGAGAAAAAAGAAGGAUGAUCUAAAAACCAAACAGUUGGUGAAAUUUUCAUUGGAUGCUGCUUCUGGUAUGGCAUAUCUCGAAUCUAAAAAUUGUAUACAUAGAGACCUGGCUGCAAGGAACUGCUUGGUAGGUGAAAGCAACAUUUUGAAAAUAAGUGAUUUUGGAAUGUCCCGGCAAGAGGAUGAUGGUGUGUACUCAUCGUCAGGCCUAAAGCAGAUUCCUAUCAAGUGGACUGCUCCAGAAGCCCUCAACUAUGGGAGAUACACGUCUGAGAGUGAUGUAUGGAGCUUUGGAAUCCUUCUGUGGGAGACCUUCAGUUUAGGAGUGUGUCCGUACCCUGGAAUGACCAACCAGCAAGCACGAGAGCAAGUCGAGAAAGGUUACCGAAUGUCAGCACCACAAAAAUGUCCAGAAGAAAUACAUAAAAUAAUGCAGAAGUGCUGGGACUACAAGCCAGAAAACCGGCCAAAAUUCAGUGAGAUUCAGAAAGAGCUGUCUUCAAUCAAAAAGAAAGUGACAUAGUGAUGAGCAAGUGCCAAACUCAAUGUGUGGGACUUUAUUUGUCCAGUGAAGUAAUUUUUUUCCCCUCAAACACUAUGCAUUUAUACAACAUUAUUUGCAAUAUUUUUCUAUGAUUACUUUGAAAUUAACUGAUUUUCUAUAUAUAUGAGUACCAUCUUGAAUGAUGUCUACAUCUGCAUUAAAGGCAUAUACUGCAAAAUAUAUAUCCAGUCACAGUAAUCAUGUCACUGAGGAUACACAUAAUUAGAAAAGCACAUAGUAUAGAUUUAAGGGACUGUGGCUUCUAUCUGUUUUACAGCAAGUAACUGUUAGUGACAUUUUUCAGAGGUUUUCUACUCUAAGCUGUGUUCUCACUCUGCUAUCGCUGUCCUGUAUGUCAAUACCAGCAGCACUCUAAUGUGGUGACUGUCAUAUAUGUUGGCCUUAAAACUGAAGACAGUUUUGACAAGUAUUUUAAUUACAAACUUUGAGAUAUUUUAAUUUCUUUCCGCAACUGAUAUUUUAAAGUGAUACUUUGUUUUAAGGGUGAAGGUCAGUUAGAUUCUGGAUGCAAAUAAUGCUUACUGAACAGUGAAAUCCAGAAAUUUCUUCUGUAGAAAACUGAGUUACAUGUGCAUUUCUUACUCUACUGUAGUAACUACUUCUGACUUUUGAUGUGAUUUACUUAAGCGGUGCCUUUUGUUCGAACAAAGACAUCAGAACUCAGUAAUAUAUCCUUUCCAAUGACCUACAUUUGUUUAGGAAGCAAAAAAGCCAGUAUCAAGUCUUGACUAUACAUGUUAAGAAAUCCUGCAAAUUAUCUGCUUUCCAAAGAAUAUGUAAAAGCAGUAGGCCAGCAGAAAGAGAUUUACUAAUGAUAGCAGCAAAUAACAAAUACUGAUCUUAGAGUAGUUAAAGAAUGUAAAUUGCUAGAUUUGUGUAUCAUAUUAAUUUUUUUCCUUUAAUUGGUAAUAAUUCUCAGAAUGCAGCUGAAGCCUACAAAAGGUUAUGAUAAGCAAAAGUUCAUUCCAUGCGUAGUGUCCAAAGGAAAAUGCUACUUCUGUAUGGCAUAAGAAAAUUGUUCAAGCAAACCAAAUAAAGAAGUAUGCCUCUGGCAGGCUUAGCAAGGCACAGUAGAAAUGCUGACCUUCUAAUAUCUUUAAAACAUUGCAGUGGGUUUCAAAAGAUUGGGGAUAGGCAAGUUUCAAAUUCCUCCAGGAAUAAAAACCUUGUAUAUAUAUAUAUAUAUAUA